AUGUCCACAGCAAUCGGCUCAGUUCAAUCGACUCAAGCUCCAAUCGUAGCUGAAUCUGCGCAGAUGGAUAUGUACGAGACCAUCAUACCUGAUGUUUUCCAAGGACUGGUUUCUGAAAAUCUGACCUUCCACACCUACGUACUUUCUUUUAGCGCCAGUGACGACAGGUUCUCCUAUCGUAACCUUGCGCUGUUCUUGCCAUCAAAGUUGGAUGCCUCCCUCAAAAAUGGAAGCUUCGAACUGGAUUUGGGACGUGGAAGAAAUGCUGUGGUUCGGCUUGGCUCGAUGCAAAAUAUCAGCUUAGACAGUGAUAAGGUUGCUGCCGGAAAUCAGUUCUACGAGAAACUUUUUUCUACUUUAUGGCGACGACGGCUACCUCCAAUCCAUCUCCAGCCAUACUUACUUCUGCCACUGCUUCCUGGCAAGAUAAAUGUUUUGGAUGUGGACUGGAAAUGCGUUCAGUCUCUCACACCUCCAUCAAUAGUCUCAGACAACGAUGACGAAAGUGUUCUACAUUUUGCAAAUUAUUCAUUGCGAGCUACAGAUAUCAAAGCAGGACUGAUUCUUACAAAGCACACCAGGAAACCGUUAUUUUAUUCUCAUCUGGGUGUUCUUGAAGAAAUGACGGCGCAGAGCUCGUUUUUCAAUCGCAACUAUAAUACGUAUUCCGACUACUUUCUGGAAGUGUAA